AGAUAUAUUAGGGUCACAUGAUCAAAAUAUUGGCCAAAAUGGCAGCCCCCAUAAAUUGACAUGAUCGUGUGAAAUUUACUAUUUUAAUUUUUGUCAACUUUAAGAAUGAACAGACAAAAGAAAGGUAAAAGAUCCGUACAGAAAGGAAAUAGAGGUCAUAGAUUGGACAGAAGAAAACAAUUUUCUGACGGUUUCCAAAAUGAAGAGGAAAAAAAUAAUUCUGAUUCAUCAGGGAGUGACAACGAAGAUGAAGUUGUGGAUGUAAGCUUUCCUUUAGCAAUGUGGGAUCUUGAACAUUGUGACCCAAAAAAAUGUACUGGGCGUAAAUUGUCAAGAAUGGGUCUUGUUAAAACAUUGAAGCUUGGCCAAAGAUUUAGUGGUUUGAUACUUUCACCUAUGGGAAAACAAUGUGUCUCCCCAGCUGACAGAGAUAUAGUAAGUGAACAUGGGGUAGCAGUGGUUGACUGUUCAUGGGCUAGAUUAGAAGACACCCCAUUUAACAAAAUGAAAGGGAACCAUCUACGAUUGUUGCCAUAUUUAGUGGCCACUAACCCAGUGAAUUAUGGGAAGCCGUGUACUCUAAGUUGUGUGGAGGCUUUUGUAGCUACAAUGUUUCUCACAGGUUUUCAGGCAGAAUGUGAGGUAUUGUUGAGCAAGUUUCGAUGGGGUAGGUCUUUUCUCAGUGUAAAUGAGCAAGUGUUUGACAUGUAUAGUAGAUGUAAAAAUAGCACCGAGGUAGUAGCAGCUCAACAACAGUACCUUGACCUUAUUCAACAAGAAAAUAGCGAGAAAGUCAAAGACUAUAAAGAUCUGGCAGAUAUUGAUAUGAGUAAAGAGCAUUAUAAUCCAAACAGAAAGAGAGAUAGAGAUUUACCACCCUCUAGUGAUGAUGAAGAUGACACAGGUGAUGAUGCUGAUGAUGAAGAAGAAGUUAUUGUUGAUAAAUUUGGUAACACAAUAAGUUUAAGGGAAAGAUCUGAGAAAAAGUCAAAAGAGAAAGUGGACACUGAAUUGACAAAUAAACUUGACAGUGAUUGCAAAGUUACUGACUCAGUCAGUUAAUUAUUUGUAUAUACAUGUAACGUAAUUGUGAUUAAUAAAUUGUACACAAUACAAAA